ACCUGAGAGUCACACCUGAGGAAUGUACUGCUCACAAGACAGCAAACACACACUCAUUCAGGCAUGAAUCACGCAGUAAAACGAUUUGAGUGAGUUAUGAAUUUUAAUAAGGAGAACAUAUUUGGGAAUUACACAGCGCGCGCGGAGCAGACGACAGGUGGACCUGACUAGAAGUUGAUUAACCAGGUGCGAGACAUUAAAGACAUGGAGGACUCCAGCGACUUGUACGAUGUGUACGGCACGGAUGACAGCCCCCCUCUCUGGGAGGACCACCAGCACCAGUGUCUGGAGGAUCUGGAGAACGUGGAGUGCCUCAGAAGGAAGAUCAAAUAUUACUUCAUGAACCCGUGCGAGAAGUACCACGCUCGUGGCCGGAAACCAUGGAAGCUCAUACUGCAGCUCGUCAAAAUCGCCAUCAUUACCGUCCAGUUAGUGUCUUUCGGGCUGAGCAACCAGAUGGUUGUCACGUUUAAGGAGGAGAAUCUGCUGACGUUCAAACACCUCUUCCUGAAGGAUUACGUUGAUGGCAGCAUGGAUACAUACGCUGUCUACAGACAGGCCGACGCUUACGAUCACAUCGAUCACAUCAUUCGACAGUACGGACAUCUGCACAACAUCACAGUAGGAAAUCACGAAUAUGAGAAGAAUGGCUCUUUGUACACACCUCUGUCGGUGUGUCAGGAAUUCUACAGAAACGGGACCAUCUUCCCUGGAAACGACACCUUCGAAAUUGACACCAAAGUGGAAACUGACUGCGUCAACGUUUAUCCCAUGUAUCACCCGUCGCUGCUGGAAGCGCUUCCACAUUUUGAACUGCAUUUUAAAAGGAUGCUCUCCGUCAAGAUCACAUUUGUCCUGAAGGCCAUAAAUUUACAGACGGUGAGACACAGAGAGCUGCCGGACUGCUACGACUUCACCGUGAUGAUCACUUUCAAUAACGAAGCUCACAGCGGCAGGAUAAAGAUCGACCUGGAAAACGAUGUAGACAUCAAUGAGUGCAGAGACUGGAAAGUAACCGGAGCAUCUGCUAGAAACAUUUACCUGACGGUACUCUUCGACUGCCUCAUCAUUGUGACAUGCAUCACCUCGUUCAGCCUCUGCACCCGCUCGGUGAUCAACGGGACUCAGCUGCAGUUUGAGUACACACACUACUGCAAGAACAACUGUGGUAAAGAAGUGCCAUGGUCGGACAAGUUGGAGUUUGUGAAUGGUUGGUACAUCCUGAUCAUUGUUAGUGACACGCUGACCAUCAUCGGCUCCAUUCUCAAGAUAGAGAUCCAGACUAAGGUCCUUACAAGUUAUGACGUGUGCAGCAUCUUCCUUGGGACGGGCACCAUGUUCGUCUGGAUCGGGGUCAUCCGUUACAUGGGCUACUUCAGGAAGUACAACAUUCUCAUCCUGACACUGAGGGCAGCGUUCCCAAAUGUGAUCCGUUUCAUCUGCUGCGCUGGAAUCAUCUACCUGAGUUACUGUUUCUGCGGCUGGAUCGUCCUUGGCCCGUAUCACGAGAAGUUUCGAACAUUGAACACGGUGUCAGAGUGUCUGUUCUCCCUGAUCAACGGAGACGACAUGUUUCCCACCUUCAAAAACAUGAAGCAGAAGAGCAGCCUGGUGUGGAUCUUCAGCAGGGUCUACCUCUACACCUUCGUCUCGCUCUUCAUCUACAUGAUCCUCAGCCUCUUCAUAACAAUCAUCACAGACACCUACGACACCAUCAAGCAGCAGCAGCAGAGCGGAAACCCGACGUCGGAGCUGCAGAAGUUCCUGUCGGUGUGUAAAGAUCUGCCGAACUCCGGAGCGUACAGACUGGACGAGAACAACGGCUGCUUCCUAGACCGCUGCAUCAACAGGUUCAAGAAGCAUCAGGAGAGGCUGACUUCAGAGGCGUAGCAGGCCGACACUGAGCUGGACAAUGAGUGUGCACUUUAUUUAGUUAUUUCGAGGGAGGUUUGCACAGGUGAUUGAUUUUUAUGUGUGUUUCAGUACCUAAACACUUUAAACUGUCUGAUGCACUGAAGCAGAGAACACUUAUUUAUGCUCACGUGGAUGAAAUCAACACUGAAGUUUUAAAAUUUGCUGCUGUUUUUGUGCGAUGAAGAUAAACGAUGAAAUAAACGAGCUGCGAUGUAAAUUCUUGAGAUGUUUUAUUCCUCCAUCAUCUGGAGAAGAUCUCCAUAGAAAAGCUAAAAUAACAUUUCUUUUUUUCUAGUUAAUCCCUGUAUCUUGUUACAACAGAAAAAAACAAAUCCCAUUCCAGCUGAUGGUAAUAACUCUCACAGCGUAAAGCUGACCGUCUUUCUGUCUUCAGCAUCGGGAAGCAGAGUCUAUAAACGGCUCCACUGGUCAGCAGCGCAGUAAUAAAGGUGGACGUGGACUUUUAUUUCCCCAGAGAAGAUUUGACAGUUGACCCUUUGAGUUAUUAUUGUAGAGGUCUGAGAUCAAUUCAAACCGAGAUGUACCACUCUCAGAGACUUAAUGUGAUCUCAGACGGGCAGAGCGGGCCGCGCAGUGUUCCACUUCACUUAAUUGCGUCUCUUUGGUCCGUCGUCAUGAAGCAGAAGUCCCUUCGCUGUGGCUCACGUCCUUGGAAUACAGUACCUUUGAGUCCAAACAUACCAACACAACUUAAAGUUUGUUUGAGUGGCUUGAUACAAGCCUCCAGAACAGACAGACAGACGUCACUGCUGGUACACAAGUCUAAAUAAAACAGGCAGCAGGGGGCAGCACAAAUUUAAAAAAAAAAAAGGUGGUGACUACCCAGAGAUGCUG